AUGGGUAAAGGUGGUGGGACACGAAUACCACUAUGGAUAUCAAUAUUAGCCCUGGUCUUCAUACAGAUCAAAGUUCAAGCCCAGGGUGGUGAACAACCAACAAAGUCAGAGUAUGUUUCUCCAUCUCUCCUGCAGCGACAAAAAACUUUCAAAUCCCAAGGAGUGACAAUCAUUCCACCUUUUCAAAAUGCACUGAAAGUAAAGGCUGGCAACCCUUCUCACAAUGGCCGUGUGUGCAGUACAUGGGGUAACUUCCACUUCAAGACCUUUGAUGGGGACAUCUUUUAUUUCCCUGGGGUCUGCAAUUACAUCUUUGCAUCCAACUGCAAGUCUUCCUACGAGGACUUCAACAUCCAGAUUAGGCGUGCAAUGGUGGAAAAUGCUACUGUGAUCACUCAUGUCUUCAUGAAGCUGGAAGGAGUAGUGAUCGAACUGACCCCCAGCUCUGUCCUGCUCGACAACAAAUUGGUCCAGAUGCCCUACAGCCAUAUGGGAGUCUUCAUAGAGAGGAGUAACAACUAUUUGAAAGUUUCUGCCAAGCUGGGACUGACCUUCCUUUGGAAUGGACAAGAUGCCCUCCUGGUGGAACUAGAUAAGAAAUAUGCCAAUCAAACUUGUGGACUUUGUGGGGACUUCAAUGGAAUUCCAGUCAGCAAUGAAUUUAUUUCAGGGAAGACAAAACUGACCCCCAUACAGUUUGGUAAUAGGCAGAAGAUGGAUGGACCCACAGAGCAGUGUGAUGAUCCUAUUCCUCCUACUUCUCUGAUGAACUGCUCAAGAGACUUUGCUUCUAUCUGUGAGACAGUAUUAACCAGCAAAGCAUUUACGAGUUGUAACAUGCUUGUGAACGUCCAGGACUACAUUGAAACCUGCAUACAAGACCUGUGCCACUGUGACAGCUCCAUGGCUGACUUCUGCAUGUGCAACACCUUUGCUGAGUACUCCCGGCAGUGUGCUCAUGCAGGUGGACAGCCCCUGAACUGGAGAACCUCAGACCUGUGCCCCAAAUCGUGUCCGUUCAACAUGCAGUACCACGAGUGUGGCUCUCCCUGCUCUGACACAUGCAGCAACCCGGAACGAUCUGCACUUUGUGAAGAUCACUGCACAGAUGGCUGCGUUUGUCCUCCAGGAAUGGUAUUUGAUGAUGUUAAUGGUGCUGGCUGCAUUCCCCGCAGAGAAUGCCACUGUACCUAUGAAAGUGAAACUUAUGCUCCUGGUGCCUCCUUCUCAUCUAAAUGCAGAUCAUGUACCUGUGUUGGAGGGGAAUGGUCUUGUGUCACUCAGUCAUGCCCUGGGACUUGCAGUAUUGAAGGAGGUUCCCACAUUUCAACAUUUGAUGAGAAAUACUAUUCCUUCUUUGGAGACUGUAGUUACGUCCUAACCAAGCUCUGUGACAGCAAUGAAUUCACCGUGUUGGGGGAUAUCCACAAGUGUGGCCUGACUGACACUGAGACAUGCCUCAAGGGUGUUGCCAUCAGCCUAAACGGAGGACAAACGAACAUUGUGAUCCAGCCUUCUGGGAGUGUAUUUGUGAAUAUGAUCUACACACAGUUACCAUUCUCAGCAGCAAACAUCACCAUCUUCAGGCCUUCAUCUUUCUUCAUAAUUAUGCAAACAAACUUUGGCCUUCAGCUACAGGUUCAACUCAUGCCUUUAAUGCAAGUUUUUAUAGACUUAGACCCAUCACACAAAGGGCAGACCUGUGGUCUCUGUGGAAACUUCAAUGAUGUACAGACAGAUGACUUCAAAACCACCAGUGGUGUGAUAGAGGGCACUUCAGCUGCCUUUGGCAAUACUUGGAAAACUCGGGCUGAUUGUCCUGAUGCCAAAAAUACCUUUGAGGACCCCUGUACUGUCAGCAUACAGAAUGACCAGUAUGCUCAGCACUGGUGUGGACUGCUCUCUGAUACCACGGGACCUUUUGCUGAAUGUCACUCAACAGUGAAUCCAGAAGUUUACUAUAAGACCUGCAUGUUUGACACAUGUAACUGUGAGAAGAGUGAGGACUGCAUGUGUGCUGCCCUUUCCAGCUAUGUCAGAGCCUGUGCUGCUAAAGGAGUUCUUCUCACUGGAUGGAGGAGCAAAGCCUGCACAAAAUACACCACCUUGUGUCCAAAGUCCUUGAAGUACACCUACAAUGUCGAUUCCUGUCAACCCACCUGCCGCUCUCUGAGUGAACCUGAUGUCACAUGCAGCAUCAAGUUUGUCCCAGUUGAUGGCUGUACCUGCAUAAAUGGAACCUACAUGGAUGACAGUGGCAAAUGUGUGCCUGCUUCUAGCUGUCCUUGUUACUACAAAGGAACGCCUCUCUCUUCUGGUGAAGUUGUUCAUGAUAAUGGUGUUGUCUGCACUUGUGCCUAUGGAAAGCUGAGCUGCAUUGGAGAGAAGCCUGAACCAGUUUGUGUGCCUCCCAUGGUUUAUGUUGACUGUGACAAUGUCACUGCAAAUGUGGUAGGAGCAGGAUGCCAGAAGAGCUGUCAGACUCUAGACAUGGAAUGUUACAAAACUCACUGUGUCUCUGGCUGCGUAUGUCCUCAUGAUCAAGUGUUGGAUGGCAAAGGUGGCUGCAUUGCUCCAGAAGACUGUCCAUGUAUUCACAAUGGGAAUUUCUACAGUCCAGGAGAAUCAAUCAGAGUUGGCUGUAACAACUGCACAUGUAGAAACAGAAAAUGGCAAUGCUCUGAGGAACCCUGCCUGGAAACAUGUUCUGUUUAUGGAGAUGGGCAUUAUACCACCUUUGAUGGUAAACGCUUUGAUUUUGAAGGAGACUGUGAAUAUGUUCUGGUCCAGAACUACUGUGGUCAACAAGCUAUGAACCAGGGAACCUUCAGAGUCAUCACUGAGAACAUUCCAUGUGGCACUACAGGAACUACCUGCUCUAAGUCUAUUAAAGUUUUCCUGGGUAACUAUGAGCUGGUACUCAGUGAUGGACACUCUGAUGUCAUCCAGAGGACACCUGGAGGAAAAAUGCCAUUCCAAAUUCGUUCCAUGGGCAUCUACCUGGUGGUUGAUACUACUGUUGGUCUGAUACUCAUGUGGGACAAGAAAACCAGUAUAUUCAUCAAACUUAGUCCCAGCUUUCAGGGCCAUGUCUGUGGACUUUGUGGAAACUAUGAUGGCAAUGGAAAUAAUGACUUCACUACUCGCAUUCAGUCUGUGGUAGGAAAUGUGCUGGAGUUUGCCAAUAGCUGGAAAGUAUCUUCUAAUUGCCCAAAUGCCAAUCGUACGCAGGAUCCAUGCACUGCAAACCCAUACAGGAAAGCCUGGGCACAGAAGCAAUGCAGCAUCAUCACCAGUGAGGUGUUUGCAAAGUGUCACUCACAGGUUGAACCAAAUGAAUAUUACCAAGCAUGUGUUGAUGAUGCUUGUGCCUGUGACACUGGAGGAGACUGUGAAUGUUUCUGCACAGCAGUAGCUGCCUAUGCUCAAGCAUGUAAUGAACUGGACAUCUGCAUAUCAUGGAGAACCCCAUCCAUUUGUCCUCUCUUCUGUGAUUACUAUAACCCACAAGGGGAAUGCGAGUGGCACUACAAGCCAUGUGGAGCACCUUGUAUGAAGACCUGCAAUAAUCCAAGUGGGAAAUGCCUUCAUGAGAUGAGGGGUUUGGAAGGUUGUUAUCCACAAUGUCCAAAGAAUAAGCCCUAUUUUGAUGAGGAAACCAUGACCUGUGUUUCUUAUUGUGGUUGUUACGAAGAUGGAAGAUAUUACAAACCAGGAAUGGAGAUGCCUUCAAAGCAGAAUUGUGAAUCAUGCGAAUGUACAAUUCAUGGCAAAAAAUGCAGAUAUGAUGAACAUGAAUGUGUCUGCAUUUAUGAAGGGCAGAAGUACAACUACAAUGAUGUGGUCUACAACACUACAGAUGGCACAGGAUGGUGUAUUGUUGCAAUCUGUGGGACCAAUGGAACACUUCAAAGGCUUAUGCAUGAAUGUCAAAUCGCAACAUCACCCACAACAGCAACGACAUUUCACUUCAGCUCUACACCACCUACCUCUACUUCCACAGUGUCACCAACUACAUCAGUAUGUGUUCAUGAAGUCUGUGAGUGGUCAGAAUGGUAUGAUGGGAGCCUACAAACCCCUGGUUAUGAUGGGGGAGAUUUUGAAACAUUUGAUGAUUUACGAGCAAAAGGUUAUGAGGUUUGUAAAGCCCCAAAGGCUGUUGAAUGCAGAGCAGAGAAGUUUCCUGAAAUACCACUGAAAGACCUUGGCCAGAAAGUAGAAUGCAGUACAACACAGGGGCUUAUAUGUUACAACAAGGAUCAAAUUUCAACAAUGUGCAACAACUAUGAAAUCAGAAUCCUCUGCUGUGUUUUUGUACCAUGCUCUUCCACAAGGCCUUUCCGCACAUCAACCCCAGUCACAACUCCAACUCUGACAGAAACAUCAACUGAAACAACAUAUUCAGUUACUACUGAAAGUAUAUUGAUCCCAUCACCUGUUGAAGAAACAACUAAAACAACAACACCUGUCACCACAUCCCCUUCAACAAUCCCUCUUUGUUACAAAGAAAAAUGCUACUGGUCAAGAUGGUAUGACGUCAGUUAUCCAGGGUCAGGUUACAAUGAUGGAGAUUUUGAUACAAUUGAGAACAUCAAAAAUAAAGGAUACCAAGUCUGCAGCAAUAGAAAGGAGGUGGAAUGUAGAGCAGUACGGUUCCCUAAUACACCAUAUCCUCUACUAGAGCAACAUAUAACGUGUAACACAGAAGAAGGGUUAAAAUGCUACAAUAAAGAUCAACUGCCACCCAUCUGCUAUAAUUAUGAACUGCGUUUUAAAUGCUGCAUAAAUAUACCAGUGCCAUGUGAAACAACCCCUGAAACUCUGACUACAACAACACAACCAACUACAAGGCAUCCAAAUACAAUGUCCAGAUCAGAACCAACAACAAUAAGUUUACAAACAAGACACAAGACAACAACUGGGGAACCAAAAACAGAUUACAUCCACACCAGAAUAACAUCAAAACCAACAAUGCAAACAGAAAAACAAACAACUACAACAACAGUGGCAAGGAGCACUAAAACAACAACAUAUUCAACUAACACCCCCUGUGAACCCGAAAUCUGCACCUGGAGCGAAUGGUUCGACGUUGACUUCCCCUCCUCGGGGCCCAACCAGGGAGACUUUGAAACCUACCAGCACAUCCGCGCCGUGGUUGGUGCAACAGUUGUUGGUGUCGUCGUUGGUCUGGUGUUGGUGGUGGUGAUGGUGGUGGUGGUGGUGGUUGUGGUGGUGCUGAGCGUCUCUGGUGAUGUAGAAGUGGGUGUCAAUUCUGAUGUAGAAGAUGCCGUGCUGGGUGACUUGAUUUACAACAGGGUGGAUAGUGAAGGCUGUCGAUUUUAUGCUAUCUGUAGCCCAACAUGUAAUAUUGAACGACACAGUGUGCAUUGUCCUGUCACUACUCUGCCAGCCACCACUUCCUCUGAGUGGUCUACAGUAGUAACAACAGCAGUUCCUCUAUCUCCCACCUCUACAAGUUCUGUUUUUCAUGGUUGUGUUUCCUCUAUUUACCCUCCAUUACAACCUGGAGAACGAUUCAAAUUAUCCAACUGUACAGAAGUCAUCUGUAAUGGAGACAACAGUAUAGAUGUAGUACCAACGUACUGCCCACCUGUAAAGGAAAUUACCUGUGCAAACAAAUACCCACCAAUGCUGGUACCUGAUGAAAAUGGAUGUUGUUAUCGAUAUGAGUGUCAAUGUGUGUGUAGUGGAUGGGGUGAUCCUCAUUACAUUACUUUUGAUGGAACCUAUUAUACCUUCCUUGAAAACUGCACUUACGUCCUGGUGAAACAGAUUGUCCCUAGAUAUGACAACUUCCGUGUUUACAUUGACAAUUAUUACUGCGAUGCAAAAGAUGGACUCUCCUGCCCUAAAUCCAUUAUUAUUUUCUACAAAUCUGCAGAAGUGGUGCUGACUCGUCAACUCAUGAAUGGUGUGAUGACCAAUGUGAUGUACUUCAACAAAAAGAUUGUUGAACCCGGCUUCAAAAAAGAUGGCAUUUCUUUCUCCACUCUUGGCAUCAAUAUGAUUGUUGAAAUAGAAGAAAUUGGUGCUGUCAUCACCUUUAGUGGUCUGAUUUUCUCUGUCAAGCUCCCAUACAGCAAAUUUGGCAACAACACUGAAGGACAAUGUGGAACAUGUACAAACAAUAAAGAAGAUGAAUGCCGCUUACCAAGUGGUAAGAUCAUUUCCUCCUGUCCCCAAAUGGCUCAUCACUGGAUUGUUGACAACAACAAGUCGUGCCAUGGAAUACCAAUACCACCAGCUAUAACCACACCUCCACCAAAGCCGCAAUGUCAAACGCCUGCGCUCUGCAAGCUUAUCUUGAGCGAGGUUUUUGCAGAAUGUCACACAGUGAUACCACCAGAACCCUUUUUCAAAGGCUGUGUUUUUGAUGGAUGUCGCAUAGACGAUGAAUCCAUGCAGUGUUCCAGUUUGGAGAUAUAUGCUACAGAGUGUGCUGCUAGAGGUGUCUGCAUUGACUGGAGAGGAAUGACUAACAAUACAUGUUCAUUCAGCUGUCCAUCAAGCACUGUAUACAAGCCUUGCGGGCCCAUUAAUCCAGUUACCUGUGACCAAAGCUAUGAGCGUCCUGGCUAUGGAGUAACUGAAGGCUGUUUUUGUCCUGAAGGAAUGACACUCUUGCGUGCAGAGAGCAACAUCUGUGUCUCUGAAUGUUUCUGCAGAGAGCCAAAUGGAAUGUCCAGAAGGCCUGGAGCUGCCAUUCCAUCAGGCCCCUGUGAAGAAUGCACCUGCUCUUCAUCCUCUCCCUCGAGGCCUCACCACCUUACGGUGACGUGCCAGCCUGUUAUCUGUGACACAUACUGCCCACUGGAAGGAGAAACCUGGAAUCCACCUGGUGAUAACUGUACUUUUUACACAUGUGAAAAACAUGCUGACCAGUUCAUUCAAGUCAUCAAAGAGGCAAGCUGUCCUGCCUUGAACUAUGAUGAGUGUGAUCCAGAGGAUAUCAGGUUAUCUGACGAUGGCUGCUGCUUAGUGUGCCAAAGAGUACCAAAACUUUGUAUGAAGCACAAUAUGACUACUGUCAUCAACUACAAUGGCUGUGUCUCUCCUGCACCUGUUGAGAUAACAUACUGUGAAGGCAGCUGUGAUGCUUACUCACGAUAUUCUCAAACGACAAACACGAUGGUGCACAAAUGCUCGUGUUGUCAGGAAAUCAAGACCAGCAAGAGAAAUGUGACUCUGACGUGCAGCGAUGGAACCUCCCUGGAUCACUCCUACACCUACGUGGAGAAAUGCAGCUGUGUGACUGCUGAGUGCAUUACCCAAGGCAACACCCAACAGGAGACACAGCAGAUAAAGACUUCUCAGGAGCAAGCAAAUGUCAAAAAUUAG